CUGAGAGGAGAGGCGCUGCUUCAUAAGAAGAGCUCCAACGCCCUUCUGCCACACACAGAAAGUCGGUUUCCUUCUCUGGUUGGCAAAGUCUCUCUUGGGUCCUAAUUCAGUACAGCGAAAAUGGCUAAUGCAGCUUCUGGGAUGGCAGUGCACGAUGACUGCAAGUUGAGGUUCUUGGAGCUGAAAGCGAAAAGAACGCACCGUUUUAUUGUUUUCAAGAUCGAGGAGAAGCAGAAGCAGGUCAUUGUCGAAAAGGUUGGUGAGCCAGCGCAAAGCUACGAGGAUUUCACCGCUAGCCUUCCUGCUGAUGAAUGCCGAUACGCAGUUUAUGAUUUUGAUUUCGUGACAGCGGAGAACUGCCAGAAAAGCAAGAUUUUCUUCAUCGCAUGGUCCCCCGACACAUCAAGGGUUAGGAGCAAGAUGAUAUACGCGAGCUCCAAGGAUAGAUUCAAGAGGGAGCUCGAUGGAAUUCAGGUGGAACUCCAAGCGACCGACCCGACUGAAAUGGGUAUGGAUGUGAUUAGAAGCCGCGCUAACUAGAUGCAGCAGAGAGAGAUGGAUCGAUAGACUUCUGAUAGACAUUGUAAGGGAGAACUCACUGCAGUCUUCUUUACUCGGUCAAAAUGUUUUUAUGGUUUGUGAAAGGGAAAAACUUGGCUACCGAUAAUAUUUGAUUGCCAAGGGCUACCAUAUGAUCUUCUUCUUCUAUUUAUUUUGAACAAAAUUUGUGGUGUCUGGUAUAUGAGUUGAUGAUUUGUUGCCUCAAAAAUUCAUUGUGUGUGCCUCACUAAUAGUUUGAUGCCUAUGAUCCAUAAUGUUAAAGAGCUUGCAAGGGGGAUAGAUGCUACUUUUAGUUUCCCUUUUUUUGCCUUUAUAGUAGUUCAUCUGAUAUUUCACCCUAGCUCUGUCUUGUGAUCAGAUCAGAAAUAUGAAUAUUUUGUUUUCUUCAAGUUAAGAGAUGCAAGAA